ACUCUGCACUUCUCAUCCAUCCCUUCGAGCAGAGCAAUUCACUUAUAGCUGAGUGAGCGUGCUUAAUUUUCUACUCUUCUUCAUUUCGAAAUGGCUUACUCCAAGACUUCCCUUCUUUUUCUUGGACUUCUAUUUGCUGUCAUGCUCCUCAUUUCCACCCAAGUCUCAGCUAGAGAACUAGCAGAGGCAACCCAAACACAGGAAAGUGUGGAGGAGGCUAAGUAUCACAAACAUGAAAAAGGGCACGGAUAUGGACACGGACAUGGACAUGGACAUGGAAAAGGACACGGAAAAGGACAUGGACAUGGCAAACCUGGCCAUGGUGGUCACCCUGGACAUGGUGCUGGUGAAACCGAAUCCAGCGAGAAUUAGAUGACUCCUGCCCCCAAUGGUACUCGUACUCGUAUGUAUGCUUAAUUGUACGUCAAAUAAGGCAUGGUGUGAAAAUGCCACAUUAGUACCAUUGGUGGACGUCAUCAAGAAUGUAACAGCUAGUUGAGUAGUCCCAGGACUUCAUUUCUGUGUCUUCUUCAUGUGCCUUUGUAUCUUAUGUUAUGUAUCAAUGAAGGACUUGAGUUACUUCAA